AUCGUUCAACUGCUACGCACACAAAUUGAAGAGCUUUCUCGUGCCACUGAUGCCCUUGAGAUGCGACAUCGCAGGAAGUGCCUCCUUUUUGGUGGCAUCCCCGAGGACUCAAAGGAGGAUGCCUCUGCGGUCAUCUGUGACAUACUAAGAGCCCGCUUCAACAUGUCAGACAUAACCAAAUCUGCACUGAAAGCAUGCCAUCGACUGGGAUCCAGCAGAGACGGCAGGCCACGUCCUAUCCUGGUGCGGUUUGCUGAACAUUCCACAAAAUCCUCGGUAUGGAAAAAGAAGACGGCCUUAAAGGGUACACCCACUGUCAUCUCUGAGUUUCUAACUCGGAGUAUACAAAACAUAUUCAUGGAGACACGCAAGAGGUAUGGAAUUACUAAUGUCUGGUCUUUGGAUGGCAACAUCUACGCAAAGCUGGCUGACGGGAGGCGCCGCGUUAUUACAUCCCUUGGCGAUCUGGACAUAUUGUCAGCCAACUCCAAACAACCUGCCCCAGAGGUGUCUCAGCAAGAAAGUCCUGUUCCUACGCGAGCGGAGAGGUCGAGCAAGCCCCCCGGCAUUUCACUGCGCCCCAAAAAAGUUAAGUCUAAGUAGGUAAUUUGCGGCCGGUGUAUCUACCCCCGCACUGUACUAUUGCUCUAAUUUCUGAUAGUCGAGCUUGACCCA